CGUCACUCCGUAAGUCUCGCCACUGGUAUUUAUCCCAUUAUACACGUUGUACACGACAGGGCAGAUUUUCGUGAGUUCCGUUGAUUGGUCCCUUCCCCGAUGAGUGUACUGAUUCGGUGGGCACACAGUAGGACAGUCAUUUUUAUUGGGAUAUCCAUCCUCUCCGCCAUUUCGGCCCUUGCAGUCUGUUUAUUCAUAGGGACGGUCUGUUUUGAGAGACAUCGCCCUUCUCGACCCGUCUACUUUAGGGUCGCUUGCUUCCUUUUCCCAAUACUUAUCAUACAAUUUGGUAAGAACUGCCUUCCUAAAAGGUACCAUGCAACCCUUCAUUUCAACCCCUUCAUUUUAAGGAGUUGGGAUGUUUAUCUUAAUCAUACACCUCCCAUGUGAGUGUCUAUGCUAAUGCGACGUGCGAGCGCAUUUCCUGAUUGACUACCUCCAGCGUACGUGGUUACGGCAAUGAGAGUACAAGUCAUCCGUGCGUACUCAUGGCCAUUGCCCAUCCCCACGUCCUGCUCAGUCUAUGGUAGGUCGAUGAUCCGAACUGCACUGCACUCCCAAGUCUUAAUCAUCGCAUCCCUCAGCAUUACUUUAUUAUCGGUAAACUAGGGAAUUAAAGUCAAAUGUUAUCUAAUGCAGUUCGACAGGAGCGUUCAUCUUAAUCUCGUGCGUAGUCAUUGGGUAGUCCAACUGG